AUGGGCUCCACUAUCCCUCAGGCUACGUCUUCCACUGCUUCCCUCCCGGAUGCCUCCUCCCCAAACCUCAUCCUCACCCAUCCCACCUCCGCCGAACGAACCCGCACAUGGAAGCUCACGCAUGCCAAGUGGGCCGGCGCCCUCAACGAGGCUGACUACCUCGCGCGGGAGGCCUACAUGAUGACAGUGCCGCUCGCCAAAAACGGCGGCCUGACCCACUGGAUCCUGACCAUCGCCGGCCUGCCGCCCGAUGAGCGUCCCGUGCUGUCUUCGUGCGAGACCCUCCGCAAACGGGGCAUCCUCACGCGGGGAGGAGGGGAUGGUGCAAGGGUCCAGGAGGGCAUGGUGUACGGGAUCGGAAGCGUCUUCACGGACCCGACGUACAGGGGCAAGGGCUACGCGAGCCGCAUGAUGAAGGAGCUAGGAGCGAAGCUACGGGAUUGGCAGCGUGGCGGUUCUUCCCCGCCGCUGUUUUCGGUGCUGUAUAGCGACAUCGGCAAGCAAUUCUAUGCGAGGGCUGGUUGGGCGCCGUUUGCGAGCAGCCAUGUUGCGUUCAAACCGGUUUCGGGAGCCGCCCAGAGGGACCAAGGCUCCAGUACUCAGCUGGCGAAACCGAUCGGAUACCAUGAGCUCGCGGAGCUGUGCUGCCUUGAUGAGAAGCUCAUGCGGGCCGACUUGGUGCGGCGGCCGGCGGGGAAGACGCAUGUGGCGCUGAUCCCGGAGCUGGACCAGAUGCUGUGGCAUUUGAUGAGGGAGGACUUUAUCACCAAGUGCAUCUUUGGGCGGACGCCGACUGUGAAGGGUGCUGUCGCCGGCGAGCCGGGGAAGAGGAUCUGGGCGGUAUGGACCAGGGGAUAUCAUAAUGGCUUGGAAACGUCAAAGGGGAACACGCUGCAUGUGCUGAGGGUGGUGGUGGAAGACGAAAAGCGGCCAGAAGAAGAGCUGGUCGACGGGUUCAGGGCGGUUAUGCAGAUUGCGCAGACCGAGGCGGCCGAAUGGAACACCGAGGAGGUGCAGAUGUGGAAUCCGACGCCCAAGGUCCGGGGCAUCAUCGAGCGGUGCGGUCUCGAAUUUGAAUACGUCGACCGCGAUACGUCAAGCAUUGCGAGUCUGAAGUGGUAUGGCGAUGAGCCGAUCGAGGAGGUCGAUUGGGUUGCCAAUGAGAAGUACGCUUGGUGCUGA